CAACUGCAAUGGCUCUACACAUUCAGUCGACUCGUAGCAGCGUCUGUGAACGGUCGCGCCACACGACGCUCCGAACGUAUUUACGAACCGUGAAAACACGCUUAUCACUAACGUGUAUAAUAACAAUUCUGAAAACUAUGUUUAAAAAUCAACGAUUUUAAACUUCAAAUACUGUUGUAGAAAAAAAUCAUAACUUGGAUUUUGUUAACUUUUUUCGUGCUGUUUUCUGGAGAUUAAAAAUUGUUUACGAUCACGCUGGACAUCGCCAAGUGUUUAAUAGUGAAUUAAACCAUGUGCUUUAACAAUACAAGAACUGUGUUAACUACGGCCGAAAUAGACUUGGUAAAUUGAUGGAUACUACACAUCCGGCAAGGGGACAGCGCAAACGAACGCCGACGGAAAAAACAUGACACUGAGCCUAUCGUGCCCUGUUUUCUUUCUUCCUUGAUAUUUGAUUUAUCUCGCAAUGGCUGUUCCUCGAUUUUCAUCAAGACAACUUCAUAUUAGCCGAAUCAUUAUUUGGUUCAUGGUUGGAUUCAACGUCGCCGAUCAGAGUUCUUUGCCGUUGAAAUAUGAAGCUCCGGAUGAUUGCCAGUGGUGGCUUCGGGGUCCGAACGACGCUCACGAAGUCUCACUGACUUGUAAACUUCGCACUAUAAACAGUGAAUUCGACACGACAAAUUUUAGUGUCAUACCAUCAGAACAUACAACCUCUCUAAGAAUAGAGUGCAACGAAGAGAUGAUGUAUAAAAGUUCAUUAGACGAUCGAAGUUUUGCACAUUUAGUAAAACUGCGUGAACUUGUUUUAGAUAACUGUAAAAUUGGAAGAUGGCCGCCUGGCGUACUUUCCGGCUUGAGAGACCUCCGUAAUUUAACGAUCCGAACGAAAAACACGGAGUGGGCCGCUAUGAGUUUAGAGAUAGCAUCAGAAAGCUUUACCGCCGUUCGGCAGUUGGAAAAGUUGGAUCUCAGCUUUAACAACAUUUGGUCGUUUCCCGAGAACUUGUUUUGUCCGUUAACGAACUUGGUCUAUUUGAAUGUCUCUUCGAAUCGUCUUCAAGAUGUAAGCGAUUUAGGAUUCAGAGAACGCGCAGUUCAUCAAGCGUUGAUAAGUGAACAAGAUGGACCGAUACCUUCCACAGCAUCGGCACACUCGACGUGUUCGCUAGACAUCGAAGUCUUGGACGCCUCCAGCAAUCAUUUUGUGCUGAUGCCAGAAAAUGGAUUUAUGUCGCUACGUAGACUAAAGGAACUCCAUAUCCACGAUAACGAAAUUUCUAUGGUAGCCGACAAAUCACUAUCCGGACUGAAACAAUUGCAGAUAAUAGAUCUCUCGAACAAUAAGAUCGUUGCUCUUCCCCAAGAUCUAUUUAAAGAUUGCCGACCAGUGAUAAAAGAAAUAUACUUACAAAAUAACUCUAUCAGUGUGCUUUCACCGAGUCUUUUCGCUAAUUUGGAACAGCUGUUAGCACUGGACUUAUCUAAUAACCAUCUAACAAGCACUUGGAUAAAUGAAAAUACUUUCACUGGUCUCAUAAGAAUGGUAUUGUUAAAUUUGUCGAAUAAUAGACUAACUAAAUUGGAACCGAAAAUUUUCAAAGACCUGUACACUUUACAGAUAUUAAAUGUUCAGCACAAUAUGCUUGAAAAUAUUGCUGCUGAUACUUUUUCACCAAUGAACAAUUUACAUACCUUGAUUUUGUCCUACAACAAAAUUACUCACAUUGACGCUUAUGCACUGAAUGGUCUUUAUGUUUUAUCUUUAUUAUCGAUUGAUAACAAUCGUCUCGAAGAACUUCACCCGAAAGCAUUUCGUAAUACAUCUUCGUUGCAAGACUUGAAUUUAAACGGGAAUCGCUUAAAGAAAGUACCCAUAGCACUAAGAAAUAUGCGAUUGUUGAGAACUCUUGAUCUUGGAGAAAAUCAGAUAACAUCACUUGAAGAACCCGGCUUUGUCGGUUUGCAUAAUGUUUAUGGGUUACGACUCAUUGGAAAUAAAAUAGAAAAUAUAAGCAAAGAUGUAUUUUCAGAUUUGCCUACGUUACAAAUCUUGAAUUUAGCACGAAACAAGCUGAAACAUGUCGACGUUAAUGCAUUCGAUACACUAACCAACCUCCAAGCAAUUAGAUUAGAUGCAAACCGCCUCACUGAUAUACAGGGCCUAUUUGUAAACAUACCCUCUUUGUUGUGGCUAAACGUAUCAGAUAACCAAAUAGAAUGGUUUGAUUAUACUGUUAUACCAUCAGGACUUCAAUGGUUGGAUCUUCACAGCAACAACAUCAAAGAAUUAGGAAAUAACUACCGCAUGGACAAAGAGUUAAGGUUACAAACAUUAGACGCGAGUUUCAAUAAAAUGACGAAAAUAUCAACUUAUUCUAUUCCCAGCAGCGUGGAGCUACUUUUCUUGAAUGAUAAUCAAAUUAUACAAGUUGAGGCUCAAACUUUUGUUGGAAAAACCAAUUUAACGAGAGUCGAUUUGUAUGCAAAUCAGAUAACUAGUAUGGAUCUCAAUGCGCUUCGUCUAACUCCAGUCGAUCCCGGCCGGCCGUUGCCCGAAUUUUAUAUCGGUGGAAACCCAUUUCAGUGUGAUUGUACUAUGGAAUGGUUACAACGAAUAAACAAACUCGAUCAUCUUAGACAACACCCGAGAGUGAUGGACUUGGAAAGUAUUUACUGCAAGUUGUUGUACAAUCGUGAACGAACUUACAUUCCGCUGAUCGAAGCAGAAUCAUCGCAGUUUUUGUGUACAUACAAAACUCACUGUUUUACGUUGUGUCAAUGUUGUGAUUUUGAUGCCUGUGAUUGUGAAAUGACGUGCCCAUCGAACUGUACGUGUUAUCACGACCAGCCGUGGUCAGCGAAUAUUGUGGAUUGUUCUGCGGCAGGGUAUUCCGAAAUACCCAAUAGUAUACCUAUGGACGCUACUGAACUAUAUUUAGAUGGUAAUAAUUUUGGUGGUUUAACAAGUCACGCUUUUAUUGGACGUAAAAAUUUAAAAAUAUUGUAUGCAAAUAAUUCUAAUAUCGACGCUCUCUAUAAUAAUACUUUUAGUGGACUAAAACGCUUAACAAUUUUGCAUUUAGAAAAGAACAAUAUAAAAGAGUUACUCGGUUUCGAACUAUCGCCCUUAGAAAAUUUACGAGAACUUCAUCUUCAAGACAAUAAAAUACAUUAUAUCGAUAAUAGGACUUUCAUGGAGUUGAGGCAUUUGGAAGUAUUGCGAUUGGAAGGCAACAAUAUUUAUGGCUUUGCAGUAUGGCAAUUUACGAUGAAUCCGUAUUUGGUGGAAAUAAGUCUCUCUCGAAAUCCUUGGUCAUGUGACUGCCAAUACAUGCAUAAAUUUCGAAAUUGGUUUAAGAACAACCUAGGUAAGGUUGAAGAUGCAAAUAAAAUUACAUGCGUAUUCGACAAUGUAACGAACGCCGUGGGCCCUCUUAUGGCCGAUUUCAAUUCAACAAUUUGCACGAGUCACGUUGGAGGGAGCUCAUCUAUAAUCGAAAACCAAGUAAUAAAUGAUUAUCUUCCGUUACUGUUGAUAGCCCUGUGUGUGUUCGUCGUGAGCUCGGCCUUAAUAUGCGGCGUGUUUUAUUGGCGUCGUGAGCUAAGAGUAUGGGUUUAUUACCAUUGUGGAUUCCGAAUGUGUUACAAAAGUACAACUUUCGACGAAGAAGCCGACAAAGAUCGCCUUUUCGACGCUUACAUAAGUUAUAGCGUCAAAGAUGAGGCUUUCGUCGCUCAAAUGCUAGCGCCUGGCCUAGAAUCCACCGAUCCCAGUUUCCGUUUAUGUCUACAUUACCGCGAUUUUAACGCUUCGGCGUACGUUGCGGAUACGAUAAUAGAGGCCGUCGAGUCGUCAAAGAGGACGAUCAUUGUCCUAUCUAAAAACUUUAUCAACAAUGAAUGGUGUCGUUUCGAAUUUAAGACGGCACUACACGAAGUACUGAAAGAGAGACGAAGAAGACUGAUAAUAAUAUUGCUAGGCGAUAUACCGAAUAGGGACAUCGAUCCGGAGUUGCGUUUAUGUUUGAAGGCGAAUACGUGCAUCGAAUGGGGUGAUAGACAGUUUUGGCAAAAGUUGAGGUUCGCGAUGCCGGACUUGCGGAAGUGUCAGUAUCACCGUUCCACAGUGAAUAUUUACGCUUCGGUGUCACCAGUGGGGGCAGGACGGGCGGCGGCGCCGCCCCCACCACCACCGCCGGGCAAGCUCCCCCCUCUGUUGGGCGACGGCCUGGCCAUACCAGCCGGGGUCCACACGCGCGACCAUCACACCCACCGCAUGCCACCUCAAGCGCAGCUCUGGGCGUAGCGUAUGCUCCAACGCAGUGCGUCUUCGGAACGCGCUGCGUACACCUGGUUGCCAGACACCAGGAUCGAGUUCUGCUCACCAUACAGCCGCCGCAAGAGCUCUAACUCAACUGUGUACGAAAGUGAUUGAUGGUACGAACGCGAACGACUCGAAGAGUCUCUACUAUAACCAGACUUUUGUGAAAGUGAAGUAGUAACGCUCAUCAUAGUGUACAGACAGUCUCGACAAACUUAGUGUAUUCAUAUUAAAAUUAGACUAUAAACAAUCGAAGCUAAAUGCCAUUGUGAAUGCGACAGCAUUAUAUAGAUAUAAUAAGAGACAUCUUAUUAUCAGAGUUAACAAUAUAAAUACGUCCUAUAUAAAUUGUUGAUAGGAAAAAAAACGCGAGUAUCAAAAUUAUUAUUAACACUUGGCUUAGUGUAAGAAUAUCAGCAUGUUAUGAUUAAUAGGAUGUAUUGGCUAUUGUAGCCUUACUGCUACAAGAAUAGAUACAUAAUAUUCGUCAGUAAGAAAGUGUAUUAGGAUGUUGCUUCACUAAACGAUACUGAAAAAAAAGUUUGUGGUACCGCCGCAUCAAUUUUGAUCAUAAAUUCGCUAAUAUUCCGAUACUUCGAAUUGAAGCGCUGAGAACCCAGAAAACUUCCUCUCGCUUUGCCGAAAAUGAAUAUUUAUGGCGGGCAACGAGUAAUGCGCCAUUUAUGGACAAACUUUGAGCAUAUUCCGUCGACUUAUCGAAUGAAACUCGAUUAAGGAUCUGGUAACAGACAGCGUUACAUGUUUUGAUAAUAUACGAGUAUUUAAUCAAAAUAGUUAAUCAAAACAGCUUCUAAAAAAAUUUAAGAUCGUAAUUAUAUGGUUAUUUUCGUUUGUGUCAUCAGACUUUGACAUAAAAACAUUUUUUUUUAUAUUUUAGGUCAUCUUAAUAGUCAUGACAGUUGUAGUUACCAAACAUCAGCCUAAACUUUAAAUAUUAUUGUAAGCGUUGACGUCCAUUAAUUUUUGUUUGAUAUAAUUUGUACCGAGUACAAAAGCGGGUUUCAUGUGAAUAGCUCGUUAAGAUGUUGAUGUGUAGAUAAGCAUUGCAUGCGUUAAAAUAAAAUUUUAUCCUAAUAAAUUACGAAUUUUAAUUACAAUUGUUAUUAAUUAAGAAUUAUUGUAAAGGUAUGUAAGACACGACACCAUUUUAGUGACUGUUAUAAAGCAUAGAUAGGAUUAAAUAAAAUAAUUUUUAGCGUAACUCCACCUACGCCAUCGGCAAAGAAAAAUGCAUCAUAUUAUACGAUAAACCACUAAAACUUAGCAUGCAUAUAGUCAAUCGGAAUGUGGAAAUACAAAUAUUAGAUAGGGGAUUAUUAACUUUGCUGUGAUUUUUUAUUUCAUUCUUUAAGUUCGCUUUUGAAUAUGUAAUUAUAUUAUAGAAUCAUCAAACUAUUAUAAGAAUUAUUUUUGUAAUGUAGUUCAACAUAAAAUAAAUAUGUAAUGAUAUUGUAUAAAGCUGUGACUCGUGUAAAUAUCAGUUUUUUUAAUCAAGGGUUUUUCUUUGUUAUAGUUUACAUAUUUAAUUUUUAAGCUUAAAUGUUGGAUGUAUUCUAUGAAUAUUUUGUAUCUUUCCCUCAUAUCGUCAGUUUAUAAACUAGCCCUAGUUCUAUCUUUAAUGCCUUUACUUCGUAUACUAAUAAUAAUAUGUAUUUCAUACCUAACUAUUUAACACUACUAUUAAUUUAAAUUGCGACAAAAUGUAAAUAUAUAUCAUAUAAUAAAAAAUACAGAACCUAAAAUUUUAUCAAUUUCUUGUUUGUAUCACUUUGUUUCAACUACAAGGUGGGCUAAAAGAAGUCAUCCGAUGUUAUUUGGCUCUCAUUUCUUUUGUAAAUGAAAAAUUUUGGCAUUUAAAUUGGCGGCCAUUUGCAAAAAUAAGAGCAUCUUCCAAUAGGGUGAUGAUUUCUUUUGGCCCACCUUGUAUCAGUGAUUUUAUUUUAUUUAAAUAUAUCGAUAAAUUUAUAUAUAACAUUUACAAGUAUCAAAAUUAAUGGUUAAACUAAAAUUUUGUCGCAAAUCUCACUAUGACUAUCUGUAUAAGCUCUAUAUAAAUAUCACAAAUAUUAAUUUACUUUUAUCUACCUACUAUAAUGGGU